AUGUUCGUAAAUACAUUGUGUCAUUUAAUUGAUAUCAUUAAAAGCAAUUUUUUUAUGAUCUUGCUUUUGAUUAUUUUUACUAAUGUAAUCCAAUAUUACAUUAAUUAUUUUAAUCGGCCAUCAAAAAUUCCUGGUCCACUCCCUUUACCAAUUAUUGGAAAUAUUCACCAAAUUGGAGCAGAUUUCACAGCCGCAUUAAAAAAAUUGCAUGAAAAAUAUGGAGAUUUCUACGAAUUUUAUAUGGGGAGUACACGCAUGAUUGUUAUUAGUAGACCUGAUUUAGCCGAAAAAAUAUGGGGACCAGCAUCUCUUAAAAAUACAAAAUUUAUUAUGCGUAAUUCAUAUUCUGAAGGUUUUGAUGACCUUGAUUUAGGUACAAAAGGAAUG